UGAAACAGUGAGCCCACGGAAGCCAGACAGGGAACUUUCAACCGAAGCGCAACUAAGCGAUACUUAACAGUGUCGCCCUAAAACGCAUUCUCGAAGUAUCAUGUUUCGAUUUGGAGUGACGGAGCGUUGAAUAUGUUUCAAUGGGCGAAAACCUUCACGGUGCAACAAGCGACUGUCGUGUUGUGGCAAUGGUUGGCGUAUGUAGCCAUGCUGCUUGGUAUACUCCCGGUCCGAGGGUGGCCUCUCAACCCCAGGCCGUUGGCGCUGCCAGUCGCGCUAUCCUUGUCUGUCGGCUUCUACGCCUUCCUCGUCAUCUCCCUCUUGCUGCGAGUCGGCCUGGACUUCAACACGACCCGCAAGCACUCCGACACCAACAAGGUCGUAACCCUCAUCUGGCUGGCUUGCACUGGUAUUUCGAGUCUUACUGCGAUCAAGCAGCGUCACGGACUCGUGCAAUUAGUGAGUUGCUUGAAAACCUACGGCCGUCGUCACCCUCUGUCGUCCUACGGAUGGUGGAUACUGCUUUUUCUCACUGUAUCAAGGCUCGAGGUGUGGAUUAUAGUUGCUGUGACUGACCUGUCCAUGCCUGGGACUGUGCGGUCCCCAAGCAUGUUGGAGGGAGUCCUCGUGGCGGUCUUCGUGUCCGUUCUGUGGCCUCUCCUCAGCUGCCUCUUGUACCUCGGCGUGGUGUGCCCCGUGGGGAUACUCGGAGCCUUGGCGGCUGACUUAAGGGAGGAGUCGAUAGCAGUAAUUCGCCACUGGACUUCGUUCGACCGUCCGAAGGUUGACAAAAUGUCAGAGCACGCCGCCCACGCAUCGACGCAACGGGGCGUUGACGUUCUCGUCGCUAGGCAAAGCACUUCAAGGUCACAAUGUGCUUCACGGCAAAAGAUCCUUACCGCUUUCAGAAAAAGAGGUCAGUCUUUGGAUUCGAGACAUCGAAGUCCAGGAAGGGCGCUGCGAUAUAAUCGGUCUCUUUUAUCUGGACGGUGAUUUUACUUUAGGGCUCUUCUCGGGGAUUGCAUCCUACCUUGUUGUCUGCUUCCAAUUUAACAUCGGUCCUAUAUGAACGAAGAUGGGAGUUGCUGAGGAAGCAUCUUUACGCUGCAUACAGAAUAGAAAUGAUGCAAGAUUUCCCAAGAACUUUGGAUCUCUCACUGUA